GCACCUGCCGCCCCAGAGCCAGCCUGCCCCUGCUAAGCCAGCGCUCCUUCAGCAGGAUCCUCUGGCCACCGCAGAACAAUGGAGAGGCUAGGCCUUUGCUGCUGCCUGGCUCUGCUUGCCCUCCUGUCCUCCCCAGGCCUGGCCCAGUAUGAGAACUGGCCCGCCUCCUUCCAGUAUCCCGAGUACUUCCAGCAGCCGGCACCUGAGUACCACCAGCCCCAGGUGCCCUCGGACGUGGUCAAGAUCCAACUGCGGCUGGCCGGCCAGAAGAGAAAGCACAGUGAGGGCCGGGUGGAGGUGUACUACGACGGCCAGUGGGGCACUGUGUGUGAUGAUGACUUCUCCAUCCAUGCCGCCCACGUUGUCUGCCGGGAGCUGGGAUACGUGGAAGCCAAGUCCUGGACAGCCAGUUCCUCCUAUGGCAAAGGCGAAGGGCCCAUCUGGCUGGACAACGUCUAUUGCACUGGCAAGGAAGCCACCCUGGCCGCCUGUUCCUCCAACGGCUGGGGUGUCACAGACUGCAAGCACACGGAAGACGUUGGGGUGGUGUGCAGCGACAAAAGGAUCCCUGGGUUCAAAUUCGACAACUCGUUAUUCAACCAGAUAGAGAACCUCAAUAUCCAGGUGGAAGACAUUCGGAUCCGGCCCGUCCUCUCGGCCUUCCAGCACCGGCACCCUGUGACAGAGGGCUUCGUGGAGGUGAAGGAGGGCAAGUCUUGGAAACAAAUCUGUGACAAGCACUGGACAGCCAAGAACUCCCAUGUGGUGUGUGGCAUGUUUGGCUUUCCUGCGGAGAGGUCCUACAAUACCAAAGCCUACAAAAUGGUCGCGGCCCGGAGGAAGCUGCGCUUCUGGCCGUUUUCCAUGGACUGCAAGGGCACAGAGGCACACAUCUCUAGCUGCAAGCUGGGCCCGCAGGUGUCACUGGACUCCACAAAAAACAUCACUUGUGAGAACGGGCAGCCGGCUGUGGUCAGUUGCGUGCCCAGCCAGGUCUUCAGCCCCGAUGGACCCUCAAGAUUCCGAAAGGCCUACAAACCGGAGCAGCCCCUGGUGCGGCUGAGGGGCGGUGCCCAGGUCGGGGAGGGCCGUGUGGAGGUGCUCCGGAACGGAGAAUGGGGGACCGUGUGCGACGAUAAGUGGGACCUGGUGUCAGCCAGCGUGGUCUGCAGAGAGCUUGGCUUCGGCAGUGCCAAAGAGGCCAUCACGGGCUCCAGACUGGGGCAAGGAAUGGGACCCAUCCACCUCAACGAGCUCGAGUGCACAGGGAGCGAGAAGUCCAUCAUUGACUGCAAGUUCAACACCAAGUCAGAGGGCUGCAGUCACGAGGAAGAUGCGGGUGUCAGGUGCAACAUCCCUGCUAUGGGCUUCCAGAAAAAGCUCCGCCUGAGCGGGGGCCGCAACCCCUUCGAGGGCCGGGUGGAGGUGCUGACGAAGAGAAAUGGGUCGCUCGUGUGGGGCACUGUGUGUGGUGAGAACUGGGGCAUCGUGGAGGCCAUGGUGGUGUGCCGGCAGCUGGGACUGGGCUUUGCCAGCAACGCCUUCCAGGAGACCUGGUAUUGGCACGGAGAUGUCUACAGCAAUAAAGUGGUCAUGAGCGGAGUGAAGUGUUCGGGCACAGAGCUGUCCCUGGCUCAUUGCCGCCAUGACGAGGACGUGGCGUGUCCCCAAGGCGGGGUGCAGUAUGGGGCCGGAGUUGCCUGCUCAGAAACCGCCCCCGACCUGGUCCUCAACGCGGAGAUGGUGCAGCAGACCGCCUACCUGGAGGACCGGCCCAUGAUCCUGCUGCAGUGCGCCAUGGAGGAGAACUGUCUGUCGGCGUCGGCCGCCCUGACCGACCGCAACACCGGCUACCGCCGGCUGCUGCGCUUCUCCUCGCAGAUCCACAACAACGGCCAGUCCGACUUCCGCCCCAAGAAUGGCCGCCAUGCCUGGAUCUGGCACGACUGCCACAGGCACUACCACAGCAUGGAAGUAUUCACCCACUAUGACCUGCUGAACCUCAAUGGCACCAAGGUGGCCCAGGGCCACAAGGCCAGCUUCUGCCUGGAGGACACCGAGUGUGAAGGAGACAUUCAGAAGAGUUACGAGUGUGCCAAUUUUGGUGAGCAGGGCAUCACCAUGGGCUGCUGGGACAUGUACCGCCACGAUAUUGACUGCCAGUGGAUCGACAUCACUGACGUGCCUCCGGGAGACUACCUGUUCCAGGUUGUCAUUAACCCCAACUACGAGGUCUCCGAGUCUGAUUACUCCAACAACAUCAUGAAGUGCAGGUGCCGCUACGACGGCCAUCGCAUCUGGAUGUACAAUUGCCACAUUGGCGGCUCCCUGAGCGACGAGACGGAACAGAAAUUUGAACACUUCAGCGGACUCUUGAAUAACCAGCUGACCACGCAGUGACGAGCCACCCUGGUCACCUGUGUCUUCGGGGGCCAUGCCACACCUUCCCGCACACCCUUGCCCGCCACCCUCCCCGCCAGCGUACCCAGUCCUCCAGGCACCAGCAGCGUGUCCCAGGCUCAGGAAGAAGGCGAUGCUGCUGUCACUCAGCAGGUGCUGAUAGCCGCCUGACCUCUGCAAAGCCCUCUGGGGGCCAGGACCUGCCCACGGGGCCACACGAACUGUGCAGAAGCUAGCGCUGCCCAAGGUGCAGACUGGGGUGGCUGGUCCCCGUCCGUGUCAUGGUCCAUCCGAGGGCUGCCGCAGCCCAGCCCCCUGCAGAAGAUGUGGGGCCAUUUUCUUCUCAAGGUGCGCAUGUGGGUAAACGUGACCCCACGAGUGAUCAGGCAGAAUCCCGUCCUUCCUGGGCCAUUUCCAGCAAACUUGAAUAUCUACUGAACCAGCUGCCUCUUGUCUCCCGUAUUCACGCAGGACAAGUAGGAUCGCCCCGUAUCCAUGAGAGAAACAUUCCAAGACUCCUAAGGAUGCCGAAGCCACAUGAGAGUUCUGAACCCUGAGUACAUAUAUGUGUCUUCGGAUACAGAUAAAGAUAUAUAUGUGUAU